AUGUCAAAAAAUGGUACCCACAAGGAUUGGACAUAUCCAUCUAUGGUCGUUUGCCCAGUCUGUGCAGCCAGCCACCUACCUAGGAAGGACAACUUGGCAAAUGGUGUGUAUGCGUGCACAUGUGUGAACUGUGGCCAUUUUUUCAAAUUCCGCACAGUCCAGAAUUUCAAAAGCAGUGUAUCCUUCACCAUCAAUGGAACUCAGUACACAGCUGGUAACGAAUACAACCCGGCAACAUCACUCAAUGACUUCAUGCGUUUGUCCCGUGCGUCUAUGGGAACAAAGGGCUCAUGUUAUGAAGGAGGUUGCGGUGUGUGUCUGGUCACUGUCAAGCUGUAUGAUCCGGUCUCUCAGCAAAAUGUGGAGUAUGCUGUCAACUCUUGCUGUUUGCAGUUGUUCGCUUGUGAUGGUUUUGAGAUUACCACAAUAGAAGGUUUGGGGAAUCCCCGGAAAGGUUUGCAUGUUAUACAGGAGAGACUGGUCGAGCAUGAUGGGGCCCAGUGUGGGUAUUGCAGCCCUGCUCAGGUCAUGAAUAUGUAUGGCCUGCUGCAGAAGAACCCCACAGUGACAGUGCAGCAGGUGGAAGAUGAGUUUGAUGCUACGAUUUGUAGAUGUACAGGUUACAGGUCCAUUCUGGAUGCAAUGAAGACAUUUGCUGUAGAUGCUCCACAGAAUCUGAAAGGAAAAGUUGUAGACAUUGAGGAUCUGGAUGCAAAACUUUGCAAGAAAACAGGGAAAUCAUGCAGUGGACAUUGUAAAACUACUGGACACAGUGAUCAUAGCUGUAGUAACCAAAUAGCCAAACCUGUCCACAUUGUAGGAGCCAAUGGGCAGUGGUUCAAGCCAACUAGCCUCAGUGAGCUGCAGGCAGUUCUACUCCAAUAUGCCAAUAACAAUUAUAGGCUGGUCUUUGGGAAUACAGGCUUUGGUUUGUAUCAAGAGCUCGGACCUUGGAACUUUGACAUCCUCAUUGACAUCAGGGCUGUCCAGGAACUCUAUACAGUUAAGCUUGGUUCUACAAUUGUGCUGGGAGCAAAUCUGUCUUUGCAAAACCUCAUAGACAUCUUUGAGCAAAAGGCAACUGAUCCCUCUGUUCCUUAUGCGUCUGCAUUUGUUCAACAUUUGAAAAUAACGGCCCAGCAUGGAAUUAGAAAUAUGUCCAGCUGGGCUGGGAACCUGAUGCUAAAGCGAGCUCAUCUGGAGUUUCCUUCUGACAUAUUUGUUCUCCUGGAGACGGUUUCAGCACAACUCACCAUAGUUGAUGCGAAUGGAGUUCAGUCAACCUGCAGCUGUGCUGAGUUUCUCAAUGUGGACAUGAAAGGCAAGGUGAUCAUUUCAGCCAGUCUACCCACCUACAGCGGCACAGGUGUCCAGGUUAGGACUUACAAAACAUCAUCCAGGUUACAGGCCAGCCAGGCUUUUAUCAAUGCAGGAUUCAAUUUUAAUUUGGAUGCCAACAACAAUUUCCUCGUGAAAAGUAGACCAUCUAUUGUGUUACAAGGAAUAAAUUCAGCAUUAACUCAUGCAGUACAGACAGAAGCAUUUCUUGUGAACAAGGCUCUGGGAGACCCAGCAGUACUUCAAGGUGCUUUGUCAACCCUGUCUUCUGAGCUGACACCAGACACUUUUCCAUUGUGGACUGACCCAUCAUAUAGGAGAUCUCUUGCGAUUUCUUUGUUUUACAAGUUUGUGCUGGACGUGUGCCAGAGUAAGGCUGAUGCUCGCUAUGCCAGUGGAGGGCAAGGCCUGGUUCGAACACCCAUGGUUGGAACCCAGGAUUAUGAUACGGACCAAACCAAGUGGCCACUCACAGAACCCAUGAAGAAAAUAACAGCACCUUACCUGGCUACAGGUGUUGUCCAGUAUUUAGAUGACCUCCCACUGGCCCCAGGAGAACUGUGUGCCUCAGUGGUCAUCAGUACAGAAGGUAGUGCCACCAUUGAUACAGUCGAUGCUUCAGCAGCUCUGGCUGUGCCAGGUGUUGUUGCCUUCAUUCAAGCCAGCGACAUACCUGCAGGUGGUGUCAACAAUUGGCGUCCAUACGGCAUUUUUGGUGACUUCAAAGAGGAGCUUCUCAGCACAGGCACAAUCCUGUAUGCUGGUCAGCCUAUUGGAAUUGUGGUUGCAGAUUUGCAAACUACAGCAGAUACGGCUGCUGCUCUGGUCAAGGUCACCUACAAGAAUGUUCAGAUUCCAAUUGUUGACAUCCAGACCGCCAUUAAACAGAAAUCCUUCUUUCCUAACCCUCCACCACCUGUUGUCAGUGGAAAUGCUGCAGCUGCCAUAGCUGCAUCACCAAAGAAAAUAUCUGGCAGUGUUGGGUGCGGUUCCCAGUAUCAGUUUCACCUGGAGCCACAGUUGACCAUUUGUACUCCCACAGAUGUUGGAGGCAUGAAGGUGAAAACCACCACACAGUGGAUUGAUGGCUCAUUAGAAAGUGUGGCACAGGUUUUAGGCCUUCAGCAAUCAGAUGUGACAGUGGAAGUAGAAAGACUUGGAGGUGCUUUUGGGGGGAAGAUAACUCAGAACUUUUUGGUAUCAGGGUUAUGUGCCCUUGCUGCCUAUGUUGUUGGUCGGACUGUUAAGAUGCGGGUUGAUAUUCACACAAACAUGAAGAUGCUUGGAAAGCGGACACCUUACUAUGCAGAAUACCAGGUUGGCAGCGACGUGACUGGCAAGCUGACAGGAGUCAUCAUCACGUUAUACGGGGAUGAAGGCUGGGGGCUGACUGAUGUGGAGAGCUCCAUGUUUGUGCAGGACUGGUUCGACAAUGCUUACUACUGUCCCAACUGGUUGUUCACACCUAUACCUCUGAAAACAAACAAGCCGGUCAAUACAGGCUGCCGUGCCCCAGGAUCAGCACCUUUCAUCUUUGUCAUGGAAUCCAUCAUGGAGCAUUUGGCCAAGUCUCUACAGCUGGAUCCACUAGCUGUGAAACAGCUGAACCUUUACACUUCAGGACAAAAAGACCCAGCAGGGAUGGUUUUGAACUAUGUCACCAUUGGUGAAAUUGUGACUCAGUUGAAAGCUGACAUCAACUACAAUCAGCGAAUCCAAGCUGUCAAUGAUUUCAACAAGGCAAAUAGGUGGAAGAAGCGAGGCCUUGCUGUGAUGCCGAUGCGUUUUGCCAUUAUGUGGUCAGGCUCCCAGUUCAAUUCUCAUGUCAUCAUCCAUCAUGGAGACGGCAGUGUUUCUGUUGCUCACGGUGGCAUAGAUGUAGGUCAAGGCAUUAACACCAAGAUUAUCCAAGUGUGUGCAUAUGAACUGGGAAUUCCCAUGAGCAAGAUUCGAGUCAAGAAGUCCUCCUCGACCAUCAAUGCCAAUUCCUACACUACAGGAGGAUCGAUCACAACUGAACUUUGCUGUAUAGGUGUCAUUGAGUCAUGCAGAAUCUUGAAGGAUCGUAUGGCUCCAGUCAAGGCUGCCAUGGGUGGAAACCCAUCCUGGGAAGACCUUGUUGCCAGAUGUUAUCAACUUAUGGUUAACUUGACAGCUUCUUAUGUGACACAUCAGAAUGAUCCUUUUGCAGCUCACUACAGCUCCUACAGUGCUACCUGUGCAGAGGCUGAGCUGGAUGUGUUGACUGGACAGUACCAGCUGCGACAGCUGGACAUGCUGUAUGACUGUGGAGACAGCAUGAAUCCAGAACUGGACAUUGGUCAAGUGGAAGGUGGCUUUGCGAUGGGUCUGGGUUACUUUUUACAAGAGGAUCUCAAAUAUGACCCAAAGACUGGCGAGGUGUUGACUGCAGGCACCUGGGAUUACAAGCCACCACUCCCAAAGGACUUGCCAAUGAAUCUUAACUUCAAAUUUCUAAAGAAGACACCUAAUCCUAUUGGAGUUCUUGGAUCCAAAGCUGUAGGAGAACCUCCCCUGGUAACCGCAGCUGCCUGUCUGUUUGCCAUCAAACAUGCCGUGGAGGCUGCUCGGGCUGAAACUGCCCAGGAUACUUUCUUUUCACUAAGUGCUCCAGCCACUGUGGACAAAGUGCAAGCACUCUGUUUGAACAACAUAUCCAGCUACACAUAUGGAAAGUAA